AUAAAAUCGAAAUUGAUAUUAACGUUCUCAGGCCAACCCUAAUCUGAGAUCAAACAUCAAACCAAACAAUGGGACACAGCAACGUCUGGAAUUCUCACCCCAAAACCUACGGUCCUGGUUCUCGCACUUGCCGUGUGUGUGGGAAUUCACAUGGAUUGAUUAGGAAGUAUGGACUUAUGUGCUGCAGGCAAUGCUUCCAUAGCAAUGCCAAGGAAAUUGGUUUCAUUAAGUACCGUUGAAGAGCUGAUGUAGCUGUUCUACCAAGUUUAUGUUCUGGCACAAGAAUGAUGUGUAUCAUGUUUGAAGAAUUUUUUUUGCUUGCUUUUGGUUUAUUUGUCGGACUGGAUUUGUAGAAUUAAGAUGAAUUGUUGUUUACUAUUGAACUUGAAAUUAAUGUUGAUUGGGGGAGAAAUUUCGCCUAAUUUUCAUUAUUUGACUGUAACUACACUUUAUGUUUGGAAGGGCUCCUUUAUGUUUUA